UUUUACGCCUCGCAACGGGUUUGCGUCGUGCGACGGUUGUGCACUUUGCACUUGUGCUUUCCUUGGCCUUUUCUGCUAACAAAUAAGUUAUCCCCAGACAAAUUGAAUAAUGAUCGAAGCCAUCAAGUUCACAGCCUGCCGAGUACCGAACAUGAGUCUUUCGGUCACGACCGUUCCUGCAACUGAUCUGACUGGCAACAAAGUAUGGGCUCGAGCCCAUCCGCUACCUUCAAUUCAGGGUUAUCCUUUCCUAGGAUCGAGUCACCUCGUGCUCAAAGAACCCAUGCGGACAAGCACAUCAAUAUAAGCUUCCACAUGUUGCAUGUGUCAAGGAUUUCAAGCUGGAGGACGCUGGAAAAAGCCCUCUGCUGGCGAGUCCUCACCCUUCGAGCACCAGUCUUCCCUUACAAUUCUCGAGAAGCGUCUCGCAGCUGGCAGCCCCGUUCAGCAAGAUGCUGGCUGGAACCCGAUGCUCGCCAGGAAAUCAAGACUUUUAUCUUCACGGCUGUCUUUUCUGGCUUGGCUUUGACGAGAUAUAGCUACAUCGAAGGCGUCGGUGGCAGCUGCAAUUUGAUCCUCAAGCACAACCAAGUGAUCCACUGUUUUCUGCGCCGAGUCGGCGUUUUUGGCGCGACCUCCAUCCUCAUAGUUUAGAUCAUCCUCUCAAUAGCAUCAAACGGCACGACUACCUUGGGUUUCCUCUUGAUUCUGAUCAUCGGUUACGGCAUCAGAAGCUAUCGUGCUGGCGCCGAGUACUCUUUCUGUGGCACGGGCUUGAG